AUGGGUAAAAGUGUAUUGAGCAGCAAUAUGAGGAACCUGGAUCACUCUGCCCUCUGCCACGUCCACUCGCGUCCUCACGCGUCUCGCGAUCUGGUCUAUCACCACCACCACCACCACGACGACGCGCUCUCUCCUCUCCUCUCCUUCUUGCCAAAACCCCCAGAUCCAGCAGAUAGACAGAUGGCCCCCGCGUCACCACCACCACCACCACCACCACAUUCCCCCCUCCCCAAGCGCCAGAAACCCAAUCCCGCCUCGCCAUCCCAAGAAGAAGCCGCACCAACGGCAGCAGCAGCAGCAUCAGCCAUGUCUUCUUCCGCCGUCACAACCACUCUCACCACCACCACGCAGCCUGCCCUCCUCGUCAAGAAGCUCAGCGAGAGGGCCCAGCUGCCCACGCGGGGCAGCGCCUUCGCAGCAGGUUAUGACCUGUACGCGUCCCGGGAGACGGUCGUGCCGGCGCGGGGCAAGGUGCUGGUGGAGACGGACAUUAGCAUGGCGGUGCCAGAAGGAACCUAUGGCCGCAUCGCCCCGCGAUCGGGUCUGGCGUCCAAGCACAUGAUCGAUACCGGCGCCGGUGUCAUCGACGCCGAUUACCGGGGCCAGGUCAAGGUGCUGCUGUUCAACCACGGCGAGAAGGACUUCGAGGUCAAGCUGGGAGACCGUGUGGCGCAGCUGGUGCUGGAGAGGAUCUACACCCCGGAGGUGGUGGAGGUGCAGGAGUUGGAGGAGAGUGUCCGCGGCGCGGGAGGCUUUGGAAGUACUGGUUAG